AUGGUUGACGGUUGGGCUAGGUACCGUAUCGUGAUCGAGAACGUCUUCAAACGGGGGAUGCGAGGCCGACGUGGUGAAACCUCGCUCUGGAUGUCGUCACAUUCAGUUCUGUGCAAAUGCCCGAAAAUUCGUGUUGGACGUCGUUACAUUCUUCUCGGUGAGUCAGUAAAUCUUCAGUCUUCAGUGCGUUUCGAAGUGUGA